GUGUUAUCGCAUUAAUGGCGAAAUGUGACUGAAAAAAAAAACGACAAAAGAGACAAACUUUGGACGUGAAGGUCUCCGUACGUACACUCACGCAACAACAUUCUCUCUCUCAAACCCAUUUUUGGGCUCUCUCUCCGUAUUGUUUCCUUGGCCUUGGCUUUGCUCUCUCUUCUCUCUCUUCUUCUUCUUCGUUUGUGAAAAUCGGUAUCUACUUUUUACUCUGUUUUUGAUCUGAUGUUUGAAGAGAGAUUCAUGGAUUUUGGAGGUUUUCAUGGAGAUCUUAACUUCAGACGAGCUUCAAAUCAUCGUCCUCUUCCUGAUUCUGGUUCCGGUGGGUUUUUACAAAAUCUCGACACAAACCCAUUUCUGAAGAAUCAAUAUUACAACAAGAGUGUUGAAGCUCUGGAUUUGUGUAGAAAGCUUAGUAAAAUGGGUAUCUCUUGUGACAUGAGUAUCUGGACCAAACCCGAAGAACUGUUCCGGGUCGACCCGGAUGAUUUUGGGUCUAGAGCUAGAACAACUCUUCAUGGGUCUUCUGGGUUCGACCAGAAUCUGAAUGAAGCUCCCUCUGUUCGUCUUCAAAACAACAACUUUCAUGGAGUUUCUUCUUCUCCGGGAGAGAUAAGAUUGCUUGGCCAUCAAGAUUCCUUUAACCCAAACGGAUUUGAAGAGAUGAUGGCUAUUAAGAAUCACAGAGAUUUUCUCUUGGACCACAUGAAUGUACCCAUUAAGCGUAUCUCACUUCCUUGUCACAGAAGCGUCUCUUUUAGCAACGAUGCGUUGAUUUUUGAAGGAAAUAGAGGUUCUUAUCCAGAACAGAGUACUCUGAUGAGAAGGUAUUUGAAGGAAGAUGAGCCUAAGAUCAAUGGUGGUUUGCCUCUGAAUCUCGUCUCCAUGGUUGAGAUUUACGGAUCUGUGAACUUAAUGGCCAAAGAUCAGAUUGGUUGUCGAGUUUUGCAGAAACUGGUCAAAGAAGGAACGAUUCUUGAAGCUAAGGUUAUAUUUCAUGAGAUCAUUGACCAUGUGGUUGAACUCUCCAUGGAUCCUUUUGGGAACUACAUCGUCCAGAAGCUGUUAGAUGUGAGUGAUGAGGAACAGAGAACAAUGAUUGUGAGUGUGUUAACCUUGACACCAAGGGAGCUUAUCAAAAUCUGUCUCAACACUUAUGGGACAAGGGUUGUGCAGAAGAUGAUUAAAACAGUGAAAACAAAGCAACAGAUUGCAUUGGUGAAGUCAGGUCUCAAACCGGGUUUUCUUGCUCUUGUGAACGAUUUGAAUGGGAGCCAUGUGCUACAGAGUUGCUUGGAGUUCCUUGGUCCUAAUGACACCAAGUUUGUGUUGGAAGCAGCUACAAAGUACUGUGCUGAGAUUGCAACUCAUCGCCACGGAUGCCGUGUGCUUCAAUGCUGCCUUAUAAACACUGUUGGACCGCAAAAUGAUAGACUCGUCGCUGAGAUAUUAAGAAACUCACAUCAUCUUUCACAGGAUCCUUUCGGGAACUAUGUGGUGCAGUGCCUAAUAGAGCAACAAGUUUCUGCAGUGAACUUGCUGGUUCAGUUUAGAACACAUUACGCGGAGCUAGCGACUCAGAAGUUCAGUAGCCAUGUAAUUGAGAAGUGUCUAAGAAAGUAUCCAGAGAGUCGAGCUGAGAUUGUCCGCGAGCUCCUCUCUAUUCCAAACUUUGAACAGCUUCUGCAGGAUCCUUAUGGAAACUAUGUGAUCCAAACAGCUCUCUCUGUAACCAAGGUAAGUCCAAAAAUAUGCAUAAUUUCUACAACCAAAAGCUUCCAAAAACAGAGAGCUGUUCGAGAGCAGGGAGCUGUUCGAGCUAGAUUGGUGGAGAAAGUUUAUAGGUUUGGGAAUCUACAGACGAGUCCUUAUUGCAAGAAGAUUUUCUCCAAGACCAUCUUGAAGAAGUGACUUUAAUUAGUAACUAAAAGUUGUUGUUAUUGUUGUUGUAAGAUCGGAUAGGGCUUUAGAAAAAACACUGCCCUUAGAUGUUUUUGUUGUCGGUCUCCCUUUUUGUAGUGACAACAACUUUUGUCAAACCAGAACUACUUGCUAGUCUGUGUUUUAGGCCAAUGCUCUUUAUAUA